AUGUGUUGGGGAGCGAUGUCACGAACUUCAGUAGUGAUCCUUGAUCCAACAAUUACAUAUUCAAUGAACACAGUUCUCACAUGGGGAAUCCAAUUAUUUGAUGCCAUUGAUCACAUGCAUCAGAAACACAAAUUGGUACAUCGAGAUAUCAAACCAGACAACAUUUUUGUGACCAAUGAAUACCAGUUGAAGAUUGGUGAUUUCGGAUUGGCGAAAGUAGUGGGAGAUGGAACUGUUACGGGGAGGCUUAUUGGAACACCACGAUAUAUGAGUCCACCUAAUAUGAAGGAGGAUGGGGUACAACGAAAUGUUUAUGAACAAUUGAUAGAGGCUGAUGUAUCAAAUUCCCAUCGAAAUGAUGUCUACAGUUUGGGACUUGCUAUAUGGGAAAUCAUCGAAAGGAGAACCAUUUUCACAAACUACGAGAUACCUGGAGUGUAUGAUAACGAUGAGGUAUCUGGAGUGUUUUUUGAUCGUGAGCAAUUAUUGUUUGAUAUUGCACUCAAACGUGUUACUGAAAUCGAACCACCUGAAUGUCAAUCAGAAAUUCAAAAAAUCAUCUUGAAAUGUACUAAUUUUCAACGUAUUCAUCGUCCACCAGCUUCUGAAGUUUUGGAUCUCCUCAAACAAACGCAGAAAACAAAUCAAUUCAUCUCUUCACUCCCUUUCAUGCCUACAGAUGAUCAAAACCAAAAAGAAUUGAUGAAACCAAUUGGAUUUGAUGAUAGAACAGAAUGUGUUGGGUUAAAGCCUUAUCCAGAGAAACGAAAACAACAUUUGUUGAACGAUAUAUUGGGCAAGGAGCAUAUGGAGAAGUCAGUAUGUCGCUGUGGGGCUGUGGCGCAUAAUUCGCAGACGGUGAAUAUCUGUUGGAUUGAACCUAACAAUCAAUUGACCACGACUACAGCACAAAUCCCGCUUGAAUAUUCACCGGAUCAACAAGAUUUCGUUCAUCGAAAAGAGCAAAUUCCGCCAACGGCUUUUCAUAAAAUUGGAACAGGUUCAGCAACAAUGGUUGUAGCUGGUGUCUUUCGGAAAGAUGGAGAAAGGGGAAAAGGUGAAAAAGUGACGAUGAAAAGAUAUGAUAUCGUUUCUCUUACAAACCGAACACAAAGCACUUUUACCCAAUUGCUGCAAGAAAUACAGAACACUCAAUAUCUUAUUCACCCAAAUAUUGUCACUAUGAUGGACUCAUUUUACGAAGAAGGAUUGAAUCGAUCACUCAAAUUUGUUUGGAUCAUAACAGAACGAAUGGAUCACACGCUUGAUGUUUAUUUUAAGCACCUUCAAACAGGGAAUAAAUUGCGUGAUCAUCGAAAUGUUUCGGCUCUUUUUGUUCAAAUGUUUCGUGCACUCGAUUUUCUUUAUCAGAGAGGAGUCAUGCAUCGAGAUGUAAGGCCAGAGAACAUCGGAAUGAAAAUGGCAGGAUUUGUGAUCAAAUUGCUCGAUUUUGGAGCGUGCGGCCAGAUAAACGCUCAAUUGGAUCAUACUCGACUUGUUCUCACUCCACCAAUCUAUCAACCUUUGGAAGUGAUUCUUGAGAGAAGAUACGAUUGUGGAGUUGAUAUUUGGGCGAUGGGUCUUGUCGGAAUGGAAAUGCUUGGAUGUAAAUUGAUGAUGCCAUCAUCAGUUAAUAGGCGUCUCACUCAACCAAUUAAACAACAAAUUCUCGAUGUAAUCGGACUUCCAAAUACGAAGUAUCAAGACAUCUUUCAAUAUUGUUUAUCAUCGGAAAGGCCGAGACCGAGAAGAUUGGAGGCAGAAAUUGAUACGGCACUUGAUCGAAUGGAAUCCGAUAGACAUUCAAGUCUAACAAAAGCAAACCUAAAAGAUCUCUUGCUCAAACUCCUUGAUGUGAACCCGCAAUCAAGACCGAGAGCAUAUGAAUGCUUGGAACAUCCAUAUCUUCUAAAAAUGAAUCAAAGUCUUGAACCUGUUCCCACAGAAGACAUUCAAAACAGCAACACUCGCGAUGAAGGAAUUUUAAAGCAAAUGCUUUUGAAUUUCUCAAGAUUAGUG